CAGUUUACAUUCCACUGCGAAAAUGAAGGUUUUGUUAUACUUCCUUAUUGUUAUUCAUGCAACAUUACAAGCAUGUAUAGAUCUGGAACAGCAGGCGACAGUCCAGAUACAGAACUUCGAAUGCCCCAUCUAUGUUCACCCUCCACCUUGCAACCAGAGACACCAAGAAACCUACGAAUAUGAAUGUACUUGCGUGAAACAGCCUAGCUACAGCCCUGGUGUCUACAACACAGGGACGUAUUUAGGCAUCGAUAAAAAAUGUCCUACAGAUAUUUACAACACAGGGACUUAUUUAGGCGUUGAUAAAAAAUGCCCCACAGAUGUGUAUAAUACGGGGACGUAUUUAGGCUCUUACUAUCCACAAACAGGUGUGGAUCAAUUUUGUCAAACAGAUGUGAAGAAGUCGUGCCCCAGAAAAGUAGAAAUUGAUACGACUCUGAUGUAUGGCUUACCGCAAAAUUAUCAAAAUCGACAAUGUGAAGUCAAAUAUGCUUAUUACUAA